AGGUGUGAUGUAUGCAUAGAAUAGUGCGGAUAGUUCGAGUCUUUACACCCAUUAUACAAAGGAAAGGACGUGGGACUGUCUACAAGAUGUCGGAGAAUCAAAAGUCCAUCACUUCCUUCUUCUCCAAUAAGGCCUCUUCCUCAAGCCCUUUCAGUCAACUAAAAUCUCCACCGUCAAAUUCCACCACUUCUUCAAAUUCCGCCUCUUCAAAAUCUUCAAAAUCUCCAAAUGUUUUGAAAGAAAAGCCCCAGACUAAAAAUUCAAAAGCAAAAACAACGGGAAAUCAAAGAAUUCGCCAAAAGGAGUUAAAAGGGAUGAGGUUGAAGCAGCUGUGACGGAAGUUAAAAAAGUAAGAAUAGCAGAUGAGGAACCGAGGGAGGACCCGCAAUCUUCACCCACCUCUUCUCCCAUAAAAUCAGGAAAACGAAGAAGGGUUCAAAUACUAGAGUCCGACGAAAGUGGGUCAGAUACUGAAAACACCUUAAUAACCACUAAACCAGCAUCUCCUUGCACACCGAGCCCUGCCGCCCCUUCCUCUAUACCUAAACGUAAAACUGCCAAACUGUCUAAAGAAUUCAGAUCUAAACUUAAGAACAGGGUCCAGACCCCCCAUGUUAACAAACUAAAAGUGCAGAUACCUGAGGAUAUCUCAUCUCCAGAGGAGAUGGAAACAUCACCUCCACCAUCCUCCGCCAUCCGACCAUCUCCUGUAUCCUCUAAACUCUCUAGUUUCUCUUACAAGAAACGAGCAGUGAGCUCUGAAAAUUGUGCUGAUAAAUCAGACAACAGUACUAAGGAUAAUAGUCUGAAGGUUAAUCUUAAAGAAACUUUAUGUCCCGAAUCUUCCGAGGAGGCCUCUGUCACGAAAAGCAAAGGCAAGUCUCCUGUCCUAAAAAAAGAAACAAAAUCUCCCACAGCCUCAAAAACGAAAACCCCGGAGUCUAAGCCUCGAUUGUCCAAAACAAAAACUCCGGAAUCUAAACCUGUGAAAAAAGAGAUAGAAACUCCUGGUGUGGGUUCGAAAGGAGUAUCCCUUGUGUCAGCUAACUCUACAGGUGGUUAUAAUCCGGGUAAAUCUGGCUACGUUCCAAGUAAGGAUGCUAUCUGGAAAUCUGGUCAGGAUGUACCGUACAAAGCUCUUUCUGAUACCUUAAGGUUUGUUAUAGAAGGAACGACAAAGCGACUAGAAAAGACAAUGUUGCUGAGUAACUUCUUACGGUCCGUGUGUAUUUUGACACCUGAUGAUCUACAUCUCUGUGUCUAUCUGUGUACUAACCAGGUAGCACCAGCGUAUAAAGGAGUGGAGCUAGGUGUGGGGGAGACGGUGGUCAUGAGGGCAGUCGCUGAGGCAUGUGGGGUAAACAUCAAGACUCAGAAAUCUAAAAUGAGUGAACUCGGAGACCUGGGCUUGGUAGCAGAAUCCUCCCGGUCCAACCAAAAGAUGAUGUUUAAACCGAAGCCUCUUACCGUAAAGCUGGUGUUCGAGACUUUUCUCAAAAUAACUGCCAUAAGCGGUAAUCAAGGACAAUCCCAGAAGAUAGCACUGAUAAAGAAGAUGCUGGUGUCUGCACAAGGGAGCGAAGCUCGCUACAUAACCCGCUCCCUUCUCGGCAAGUUGCGGUGUGGUCUAGCAGACCAGACGGUCCUUGUGUCUCUAGGCCACGCCACUGUCCUCACCCCUCCUGGGGGUAGUGAGGACUGUGCCGUGUCCUCCAAAAACAUGGUGUCAGCCAAGGAGGACGCUGCUGAGGUGGUAAAGACGUCGUUCUGCGAGUUCCCCAACUUCGAGCACAUUAUUGAGAUGAUCAGGGAACACGGUGUGCUGGAGAGUGCUGCGUACUGUAAACUAACACCAGGAGUUCCCGUCAAGCCCAUGUUAGCCCAUCCCACUAAGGGUAUUUCAGAGGUUCUAACCAGAUUUGAAGGAUCUAAAUUUACGUGCGAGUAUAAAUACGACGGGGAGCGAGCCCAGAUCCAGUGCAGUGAGACCGGAGAGAUCAGUAUCUUCUCCAGGAACCAGGAGAACAACACAUCUAAAUAUCCGGAUAUUAUCAGUAGGAUAGGAAGCUGUUUGACAGAGGGAACCAACAGUUUCAUGCUGGACUGUGAGGUGGUAGCGUGGGAUGUGGAGAGGGAACAAAUCUUGCCUUUUCAGAUUCUGACCACAAGGAAACGAAAAGAUGCGGACGUCAACGAGAUCAAAGUAAUAGUAUGUUUGUUUGCGUUUGAUCUACUCUAUCUGAACGGAGAAAGUCUCAUCAGAGAACCCUUCAGGAAGAGACGGGAACUCCUCCACUCCGCUUUUAAAGAAGUACCCGGACAAUUUAUAUUCGCUACAGCCAAAGAUUGUAAUGAUACGGAGGAGAUCCAAAUUUUUUUGGAAGAAUCCAUCAAAGGACAGUGUGAGGGCCUCAUGGUCAAGACACUGGACGUGGACGCGACAUAUGAGAUAGCUAAACGAUCACACAACUGGCUGAAAGUGAAGAAGGACUACCUGGAGGGCUGUGGUGAUUCUCUAGAUUUGGUUGUUAUCGGAGCGUUUAACGGCAAGGGUAAGAGAUCAGGUUCGUAUGGUGGAUACUUGUUAGCUUGCUACGACCCGGACAGUGAGCAGUAUCAAGCUAUCUGUAAGAUAGGGACGGGUUUUACUGACGAGGACCUGGCAGGACACCACGCAGCCCUCGCUCAACACAUAGUUACUCAAGCUAAACCUUACUACUCCUUCCCGGAGUCUAGUGCUCCUGAUGUGUGGUUUGAGCCGGCUCUGGUGUGGGAGGUGAAGUGUGCUGACAUGACCAUAUCUCCUAUUUAUACUGCUGCUGUCGGGCAGGUUGAUCCGGAUAAGGGUAUUUCUCUCAGGUUCCCCCGUUUUAUAAGGAUCAGAGAUGACAAAACAGCAGAGGAGGCCACCUCAGCGGAGCAGGUGGCUGAGUUGUACAACAAACAAGACAACAAGCAAGAGCACAAGAAGCAAGUUGAUGAGGAGGAUGAUUAUUGAGCUGGAAAUGUUGUGGACCCCGUGUUGCAGCACGUGGGCGAGUGUCUGGUGCUGCACGUGUGAACCCCGUGUUGCCAGGCUGU